AUGCAUGCGCUUUUCUCUCGCAGGUUCGUCGUCGUCGUUGGCUCCUCUACUUCGCAGCUAACUAAAUCUCUAAUGAAGAAGAAGAAGCUCGCUUUUUCUCACUCGAGCCAGAGCCGCCAUCUUCCUUCUUCAUCUUUUGUAACCCGCUUUGUUCCGUCUCAUGUAUUACGGUCGGAGGAAAUCAAUGGGUUCUUUGCCAACACGUUGAGAAACACCCAUCUGAAGCUGAAACCUGGAAGUCUGUUGGAAGCUAGAGCUGGGUUCUUCGAUCCUCAGCUUCCUCCUAAGCCUUGGGUUUUCACUGGCUUUCAAAAACGUGGAUGGAAGUCUUGGUUUAAUGGAGCUAAUGGUGUUGUUUUCGGAUUGAUAAUAGCUAAUGCUGCUCUAUCAUCGUACACCUUUAUGACUGGACGUAUACACACGCUGAUAACUUCGGGUUUUAGUAAUGUUGGAACCAGUCAACUCAUCAUGAACAUGAUUGGACUCUACUACUUUGGGACCAGAAUCGCAAGAACCUUGGGACCGGCCUACCUUUUGAAGCUGUACUUUGCGGGAUCACUUGUUGGCUCUCUUCUCUUCUUAAGUGCUCAUGCUGUAAUGGCAAUACUCAAGAGCCAAGGAGUUUCCUACAAGGAUCAAUCAACACCCAUUGGAAUGCUGGGUCCAGAGGGAUCUCUAUAUGCCAUUGCACUGCUGGAUAUGUGCCUCUACCCCAAAGUUACUACAUACUUUGCGUUUAUUUGCCGAGUAACCGUAAUGCUUGUAAUCUUAUCCGUCGAAAACAAGUUUUUGAAGGUGUUAGAUGGGGGAACAGAAGAGUAUCACCGUGGGUAUGAUUCACGCUGUAGGAGGAGCUAUGGUUGCAGCCAUUGCGUGGAGACGUAUUAA